UUGUGGAGAGAGACGGGCGGCGCUGCCAAGUAGGGCAUUCCCGCCAGGUAAAUUCCCGGGCUUUUUUUCUUUUGCUUGCUUCCUUUGCUUGUCUCCUUUGGUUGCGGCGGGAACAAAAAAAGAAAAAAAAAAGAAGCGCACCGCGCAGCCGCGCGCCACCUCCACCUCCACUCGUCCUCCUCCUCCACUCUCGCAAUCUCGCACAUAUGCGAUGCCCGCCAGAAUAAAACCCUCCUGCCCUCUCGCCAAUGGCGGCCGCUGAAGCUACCUCCUGCUCUUCUUCCUCUUCGUCUUCGGCGUAGCUCCAUCCCUGCUGUUGCAUGUAGGAUUCGAUCGAUUCGUGGUGGAGGAGUUGAGCUUGUCAGGUGUUCGUUCUUGGGGAUCGAUGACGCUGGGCAGCGGCGGCAUGGCGGCGGAGGAGGGCGGCGGCAAUGGCGAGGCGGCGGCGAGGGGGGAGAGGUGCGUGGUGGUGGCGGUGGAGGAGACGUGCUGCGCGUGCGCGCAGCUCGUGGUCGGGCCGCCGAACCCGAUGAUGGCGAGGUACGUGUACGCCUUCGUGUUCCUGGCGACCAACCUGCUCGCCUGGACGCUCCGCGACUUCGGCCACCCCGUCCUCGCCGAGCUCCGGCGACUCCGCGGCAGCUGCCAGGGCGCCGGCUACUGCCUCGGCGCCGAGGGCGUCCUCCGCGUCAGCCUCGGCUGCUUCCUGUUCUUCUUCGUGAUGUUCUUGUCGACGGUGAGGACGAGGAAGACGCACGAUCGCCGGAAUUCAUGGCACUCCGAGUGGUGGCCGGCGAAGAUCGUGCUGUGGAUGGGCUUCACCGUCGUCCCCUUCUUCCUCCCCUCGCCUCUCAUCCAGCUCUACGGGAAGAUCGCGCAUUUCGGAGCAGGGGCGUUUCUGGUGAUCCAGCUCGUCAGUGUCACCCGGUUCAUCACCUGGCUGAACGACUGCUGCCGGUCAGAGACCAACCUGAAGAGAUGCCAUAUGCAGGUGCAGGUGGUGUCGAUCGCGGCGUACGUGGGCUCCAUCCUGGGCGUGGUGCUCAUGUACGUGUGGUACGCGCCGCGGCCGUCCUGCAAGCUCAACAUCCUCUUCAUCACCGUCACCCUCGUCCUCGUCCAGAUCAUGACCGGCGUCUCGCUCAGCUCCAAGGUGAAGGCUGGCUACCUGGCGCCUGGGCUGAUGGGGGUCUACAUCGUGUUCCUCUGCUGGACAGCGAUCAGGAGUGAGCCUCACACAGAGAUUUGCAACAAGAAAGCCGAGGUUGCAACGAGUGCAGAUUGGGUUAACAUCGCGAGCUUCGUGAUCGCGGUGAUCGUCAUCGUCACGGCGACAUUCGCUACGGGGAUCGAUUCCAAGUGCCUCCAGUUCAAGAAGGCCGAGAGCGAGCAGCCCGAGGACGACGACAUCCCGUACGGGUUCGGCUUCUUCCACUUCGUGUUCGCCAUGGGCGCCAUGUACUUCGCUAUGCUCUUCGUCGGCUGGAACGCCAAUCAAACCAUGGAGAAGUGGACGAUCGAUGUCGGGUGGGCGAGCACCUGGGUCCGGGUUGUCAACGAAUGGCUCGCGGCGAUCGUGUAUAUAUGGAUGGUGAUUGCUCCAAUUGUCUGGAAGGGAGGGCAGGUCGGCUCAUCGCCAGAGGGCACAUGACACAAGGAGAACAAAUCAGAAUUCAGAAAUGGAGCUUCGUCAGAUGAUGCAGCGAUAAAUACUUGGUCAGCGACAAACACGUACGUAGCUGCAGGCUGCAUGAUCAGGGAGAUGUACAGGAUGAGAAGAACAGUUUUGCUUUCGUUGCAGCUGCUGCAGAGAGGCAUAUGCAAUUGGCAUCCAUUGCCCAUACGAGUGUAGCUAGCUAGCUAAGCUAGAUAUUUGUAUGUUCAGUUUCCUCUCCUGUUACUGGAGAGGGCAAUGCAUCGAAUCAGCAAAGCAUAUUGUCAAAUGACAAACUGCUGCUGAACAUGCAAAAGGGGCAGCAACCCUUGGAAUAUACGCAGACUUCCUGAAACAGUGACUAAUUUCUGUCAUUUGGAAUUUCAGUUCUGAUCUGAAACUGGGUACUCAUUGCCUAUC